AUGUUCUUCCUCUACAACAUGGAGCGCAGGGUAACCCUGCACCCUUCUUACUUCGGUCGCAACAUGCACGAUCUCGUGACGAGCAAGCUUCUGAAGGAUGUCGAGGGCACGUGCGCUGGAAGCUACUACAUCAUUUCCAUCAUGGAUACCUUUGAUAUUUCAGAAGGGCGCAUCCUUCCUAGUAGCGGACUUGCUGAGUUCACCGUUGGAUACCGCGCAGUUGUGUGGCGACCUUUCAAGGGCGAGACGGUUGAUGCUGUUGUCUACUCCAUCAACCCUCAAGGCUUUUUCGCCCAAGCAGGACCCCUGAGACUCUUUGUUUCGGCGCACUUGAUUCCUAGCGACAUCAAGUGGGAUCCCAAUGCGACACCCCCCCAGUUUACCAACAACGAGGACACCGUGAUCGAGCCCGGAACUCACGUUCGAGUCAAGAUCAUUGGUACCAGAACCGAGGUUGGAGAGAUGUGGGCUAUUGGCAGCAUCAAGGAGGACUACCUGGGAUGUCUCCAAGACUAA